GCUAAUAUUAUCAUCCUGCUUUUGUGUAAGAAAGGGAACACAGCCAACGCGGCGAUGAAUAUGUCAUAUUUUCCAACAUAACAUUUCUGUCUUGUACCAAAUAAUACAUUCAAAAUGUCCAGGCACCGUAACGUACGCACAAUGAACUUUGAGGAUGAAUAUUUUGAUGAAGAUGAAGUCUAUGGACAUUCCUAUGAUGAUAGCUACUGUGUCUCACCAGCCACAGCUGCACAAUUCACAUUUAAUCGAGAAAGAGAUGUCAACUUGUCAUCCUACAUGGAGGAGGGUAUUCCCGAGGAGGAGGAUGAAAGUGACCCAGAGCCCCUCAGUGACUCUGGGAGGGACAACCUCAAACUUGAUGAUGUUGAACAAGCUAAAUUAAAUUCCUGUAAAGAGGAAAUAGUGAAUGUGAUAGGCGACACCAUUCCAGAGCACAUCGUGUCUCAGGCUGUGGUCAAACACCAAUACAACAUUCAAGCUGCAUUGAAUGAACUUCUGAAUCAAAGCGAGGCGCCUAAGCCACAAAGAGAACCAAGGCCUGACAGGCGAGCAAACAGACAAGAGUUUGCACCUGUUCAGCCCACUGUUCAAUUAAAAACUCCAGUCAAGAAAAAUACAACCUCGGACUUAGCCCAAGCUACCUCUGCCACCUCACAAAUAAAACUGGAAACCUCAAAUCAGACUGUUAAAUCUGCAAAUAACUCAGAAACUGUGUUCGGUACUGAGAAGAAUACUGUGAAAGACUUGCGCACAAAGGCAGGGAAUCUAAAUGCAAACAAUGAAGUGGAUGUCACAGACAGUGCAGUGUUAAAUGAUUCCAAACUUCAGGCAGUGAAUUCUGAAAUAGACCUAGUCGGAGACCUUGUUGGUAGGGACUUAGACACUCCAAGUAAAUCAUCUAGCAGCAGUGUUCCAGCAACUCCCAAAAGUACUUCAAAAGUAAAACAAGACAAAGCCAAACUAAAGGAAGAAUAUGAAAGAAGAAAAACAGGCAAAGAUCUUCUGAACUUGGUUGUCAUUGGUCAUGUGGAUGCUGGUAAGAGUACAUUGAUGGGGCACCUGUUGUAUCAGAUGGGCAUGGUCAACAAGAGAGCCAUGCACAAAUACGAACAGGAGUCAAAGAAAAGGGGGAAAGGAUCCUUUGCUUUUGCAUGGGUCUUGGAUGAAACAGAAGAAGAAAGGACAAGGGGGGUAACUAUGGACAUUGCUCAGACAGCAUUUGAAACUCCUCAUAAACAGAUAACACUGUUAGAUGCACCUGGACAUAAGGACUUUAUUCCAAAUAUGAUCACAGGUGCUGCCCAGGCUGAUGUUGCUAUUCUGGUGGUCAAUGCCACGAGGGGGGAGUUUGAGACAGGGUUCGAGUCAGGUGGACAGACCAGAGAACACGCUCUGUUGGCGCGAUCAUUAGGUGUGUCCCAGUUGUUGGUAGCAGUCAACAAGAUGGAUACUGUGGAUUGGUCACAGAGCCGUUAUGAUGACAUAGUGAAAAAAUUGGGACUCUUUUUAAAACAGGCAGGGUAUAAGGACAUUGAUUUGUCCUACAUUCCCUGCAGUGGACUAGGGGGAGAGAACCUGACAAAAGCAGUCUCGGAGCCAAAGCUUGCCUCAUGGUAUAAAGGAAGCACACUGGUGGAACAAAUAGACAAGUUCAAGGCUGUUGAACGCCCCAUGGACAAACCUUUCCGUCUGAUCAUCAGUGAUGUUUUUAAGGGGCUGGGAAGUGGAUUCAGUGUGGUGGGGCGGGUUAGCUCAGGCUCCGUGCAAGCUGGUGACAGAGUCCUGGUACAACCCGCUGGAGACCUAGCUGUUGUUAAAGCUGUAACAAUGGAUGAUUCAGAUAACACUUGCGGAUUUGCUGGGGAUCACGUAACUGUUGUUUUAACAGGCAUGGACAUGGCUCAUGUAAAUGUUGGUAGUGUUCUAUGUGAUCCACAGAAUCCUAUUAAGUCUGCCAUGAGGAUUCGUGCAAGAAUUGUCAUUUUUAACUUAGAAUUGCCCAUCACUAGAGGAUUUACCGUCGUGUUUCAUUAUCAAUCUAUAACAGAGCCUGCCAUUAUUAAACGCCUGAACUGUCAACUCAAUAAGAAUACAGGAGAAGUCAUAAAAAAUAAACCCAAAUGCCUGGUAAAGAACAGCAGUGCUGUGGUGGAGAUCGAGUUUGAGCGGCCAGUCUGUCUAGAGAUGUACAAAGAUUACAAAGAUCUGGGCAGGUUUAUGCUGCGACAAGGAGGCCAUACAAUAGCUGCUGGGCUGGUGGAGGAGGUUCUUAAAACAAAGUCAAAAACAGAAGAAAACUCAACAGAAUGAAGCAUUUUGACCUGGCAGUAGCUGCAUGAUGAUGUUUUAUGAUUGCCAUGGUCGUAUGAUUUAUGCUUUGAUAAAUGCAUAGUUCAUGCUAGGUGUACAUGUAUUGAGUCGUGACCUGAGCGGUGAAAUAUUUAUUAAUGAAACAUUGAAGUUUUUAGCAGUCUUUGGGAUUUCCCAAGCAUGUAUCUGAUAUUUGAUUUCUGCAAUGUGUUGACCUGUUUUGUUGUUCAUCUCUUUGUCCAAAUCUUGUUUGUACUGUAAUGUUCAGCCAUUUGUUAGGGACAACAAAUUCUAUAAUUUAGUUUUUCUUCUAAUCUUGAAUUAGAGAACUUAUCUAAUCUGAGGAAGAGACAGCUUUAUAUUUGUUUGUUACAGAUUUGCAUGUUGCUCCUUAUUUCCAAAUGAACACAAGAGAUGGAGGAUUCUGGUUAAAGAGUUUUUAUUACAAUUCUUAAAUCAUUGUUCAGGCUUGGUCAUGGUAUUUGUUGGUGAUAUACCACCAAAUGUGAUUAAACUAUGUUCGAUUGCUUUUAAAUUGAAAAUAAAUAAUGUGAUUUCUAAAAA